UAAAGGCGUGUGCCACCAGUGCCCAGCCAGUUGGAUUUUUUUGUUUGUUUGUUUAAAAAAAAGAAAGAAAAAUUUAAGAAACAAGUUCCUGUAUCAUGUUAUUAGCCACCAUGAUCAGGUAGCAAGUUUGAGGGACAGCUUUCAGCUACAUGAGACCUUGUCUCCAAAACAAGUAUUACCUAAAAUAAAGGUAGCAGAUGAGAAAACCUGCCAAUAAAAGGAAUGGGAAGACUGAUUUUGGUUUAAGAAUUAUCUUUAUUUAUGUGGUUGGGUGUGUGUAUGUGUAUUCAUGAACUCUUCUAUGGGGGUCAGAAGAAAGCAUCAGGCCCCCUAGAGCUGCAGUUACAGGCAUGUGAGCCACUCUCUGUGGGUGUUCAGAACCAACCAAAGUUUGGUCCUUUGCAAGAAUAGCAGGCUCUCUUAAAAAUCAGUGAGCCAUCUUAGCAGCCCAUGUUAUAGGUUUUAGGUACUAUCUGGUGACAUACUUAGCUUCUAAGUUAGAAGAUAACAGUCUCCUAAAUUGAUACAUUGUGAAGGAUCUUAAGUCAGAUGCAGAGGUGGGUGAUGAAUGGUUAUUAUAAGGGCUAAAGAUGACACAAGAUGAUUUGGACUCUCUAUCUGCUGCAUUCCCAAGUCUUCAUAAUCAUGCAGGCUCUAAUUACUUUGCAUAUAUGUAGCUUUUCCAGGGAACUCCACAGGUUAUAAUCCCAACUCAGCUAUCCAAGACACACAUACACACAGAGGAGAGAAAGAGACAGAUUUGAAAGAGCUGGAUACUAGACUAAUGCAACUACUUGCCAUAAAGCAUCUUAGUCUGUUUGUAUGGUGAUAAUUUAAGAUUCAGUCACUUGGUACUGUCAUAAUUGAGUUUGUAUAAGUAAAUUUUGUGAUAUUCACAAUGACAAGCCCACAUUUUCUGGACUCAUCACAUUGUCAAUUGACACAUGAUUACACAUCAUUUUUUUACAGCCUAGAGUGUGUUACUUGUGUCCAAUUCAUUGGUAGUCCUAGAAAAGGUACAAGAGACCUACUAGUCUUUUCCAUGUUUUCCCUGUUCUGAGAGUUCUAGCCUUCAGUUUUGCUCAUUUGUCAGACAGAAGAUAAGCUCUUGAUGUCUAUAGUUUCUCACUACUUACAUACUAAUCUCUAACCUUCCCAGAUUUCACAAUCUUUGUAAAAGAAGAACUUUGUAUUUGAAUCACGAUCAAUCAGACUUGGUUCUUGAGGUGAAAGCAUUCGUCACUCCUAUUUUUUGCCAGCUCCUUGAAUAUAUCACACUGGUCAUAAAGCUUUCUACUCACAUACCAUUCAAUAAAGAAUGGGUAAUUGGCCUCUACCUAAUUUCAGGUGUCAGGAUCAUAGUACCUCUAGGACAAUAGUAUCUCUCUGCUUCCCAGAGGUAGAAAGAAUCCAACAGAAGAAUCACUUCCCUAGAAAGAGCCACAGUCCACAUUCCUCCUCCUAGUUCCUGUCCGUCAUUUGAGUUUCAUUUCCUGGGACACGGCCCUAAGAUUAAUGUACCUGAAACUUGGGUGAGCGUUAUUCUAAUUAUAUUUUUUAUCAAUGAAAAUUCAGGAAUCAGAUACCGGGGAAAGAACCUGAAGGAAUAGAGAAGAAGAGAAGCUACCAGUCCUCUCCUGCCUGCUCCAUUCCUUCUUCCAGAAGGGCUAAGAUCCCUCUCUGCCCUGCUUUACUACUUCCUGUCCUGUCUGUCUACUAUCCUGCAAAACCUCUGGUUUCUAACCCAGGAACAGACCUCUUUGCUCAUGAAAUGGGAUGAGCCAGAGCUGUUGCAGCCAAUGCUGAACUGAGGGUGACCUCUCUACAGAGAUCACGGUGAUGAAUUCUGCUGCUGCCUGCCUUUGGGACAGCGAGGGUGUCUACUGAAAGAAGAGACCUAAGAAUCUGUCCACCAGUGUUCAAGACCACAGCCUUUUCCCUCUGGUAUUUUCCAGGCCUUAAAACUGCCAAUUAUUGGCUGAAAAGGGCGAACAUCAUGUUCACAACACCUGGCUUGGCAGCGAUUGGGGGGAGGCCUUAUUCCUGCAGUGUAUGUGGCAAGAGCUUUCGGUACAGUGCAGUGCUGCUGCGGCAUGAACGUGCUCACGGUGGUGACAAGCGUUUCCGCUGUCUAGAGUGUGGUGAACGCUGUGCUCGAGCCUCAGACCUGCGUGCACACAGGCAGACCCAUGCUGGCCAGACUCUGUACGUCUGCAGUGAGUGUGGCCAGAGCUUCAAUCACAACAGCCUGCUGGACCUGCACCUAGGAACGCACAGGAGGCGUAGCCGCACCUGCCCUUGUCGCCUCUGCGGCCGUCGCUUCCCUCACGUCCCUGCACUGCUGCUACAUCGGGUCCGUCAGCACCCACCUGAGAAGCCCCACCGCUGCCCACUGUGUACCCGCUCCUUCCGGCAGAGUGCUCUUCCUUUUCACCUGGCACGGGCGCAUCCUCCAGAGACUGAGACUGCCCCUCCCCCCAGCCCGCUCCACCACUGUACACAGUGCCCACGGGCCUUCCGUAGCAGUGCUGGGCUGAGGAAUCAUUCCCGCAUCCACGUAGUCCUCAGCCUCAGCGAUCCUGGCGCUGAGGCUCACCAGUGUAGUGUGUGUGGUAAGAGCUUCAGCAAGAGUUCCACACUCACGCGACACCUCCAGAGGCACUCAGGGGAGAAGCCUUUCAAGUGCCCAGAGUGUGGCAAGGGCUUCUUGGAGAGUGCCACGCUGGUGCGGCACCAGCGAACGCACACUGGGGAAAAGCCAUACUCAUGUAGCGACUGCGGACGCUGCUUUAGUGAGAGCUCCACACUGCUGCGCCACCAGCGCAGCCACCAGGGUGAACGACCGCACGUGUGCCCCACUUGCGGCAAGGGCUUCGGACAGCGAUAUGACCUUGUGGUGCACCAGCGCAGCCACACAGGGGAGAGGCCCUUCCCGUGCCCAGAGUGUGGACGAGGCUUCACAGACCGCUCGGACCUCACCAAACACCUACGCACACACACUGGCGAAAAGCCUUACCACUGUGAGCUGUGUGGCAAGCGAUUCACCUGCAUCUCCAACCUCAAUGUGCAUUUGCGCAAUCACGCAGGCCAUAAACCACACAAGUGCCCAGAGUGUGGCAAGUCCUUCAGUGUUGCUUCCAAGCUUGCACUGCACAGAAAAACACACCUGGGUGAGCGGACAGCAGAGUGCACAGAGUGUGGCAAAUUCUUUAGCCACGGCCGGUCACUGUCACAGCACCAGCGGUCCCACAGACGUGCUCGAGCAGCUGCAAUGGCAGCCACUACCACCACCACUGUAGUCACUGAGGUGACAGUGGGUCCUCCCCUUGCCCUCACAGGGCCGACAGAACAGGAGAAAUCAGGGCUUUUAAUGUCUCCAUUUCAGGAAACUUGCUAAGAGGUAGCUGGGUGAACACACAUUCACCUCAAGGAAGCCAGCCCUCCUGCUGUUGCUAGGUGCUCACCUAGCUUGCCUCCAAACCGAGAUCCCAACUAGCUCUUCCAUCAUCCACCCUUGUAUUCCCCAACCCUGAAUACCAGGAGUCAGGAAGCCAAAACCAAACUCCUGUCCAAGACAAACCAGGUCUGUGGCUGCCACUCUGAUCUCUGUUGUGUGGGCCUGAGCUCAGUUUCUUUCCUGGCUCUUCAGGCAACUUAUUUGGUCAGUUAGGUAUCUUUGCAUCUGCCUGUUAAUCGCUCCUACUUUCUCUUGCUUGAGACACAUAGUUGCAGAGUAUGGUAUGGAAGGGUAGAAUAGCUCCCUUCAUUAAAGGUCUGAGAUCUGUUGCAAGUUACUCCCUUGAAAAGGUAAAAGCAGGUAAAGGCACCAACUGACAACCUGAAUUUGACCCCUUGAGCCCACAUAUGCCAUGGCACAUGUGCGCACACACAAAGAAGUAACUUUUUUUUCCAAUAAAUGACUCUUGGGACAGUUUUCUCUAGCCAGGUAAGAAAUGUUUGCCUUGGGAUGCGGCCCAAGAUUGUGUGGGUUCAUAAAGCCCAUUGACGACAUGUGAAACAAAAGAACGUUAUUUCCAGAUGAAGCUUCAAGGCACAAGGAAACAAGUUCUCUGGAGUCCUGGGCAAGGGCAGGAUGUAAAGUCUGGAAUCGGUCAAUGACUGUUUAUAGCUGGUGAAAUUGUUACUUAUUUGGGUUUGUGAUACCAAGAACUCCUUUGUCAAAAUGAAUUUCAAGUUCUCAUCCCUUUUGGUGAUGGUUUCUUCAUUGCUGUAACAAAAUGCCUGAGAAAAUCAACUUAAAAAUUUAUUUUGGCUCGUG